AUGGCUCAUGGAUUAGUGUUACGAGUUGUAUGCUCUCAUACUGCACUGACUGACAACCAGAUAGUUGUUCCCAUAAAGCGGCAAAUAAAAUUUGUCAGGCAUUCAUGGCAAACAUGGUGUGCCAACAUAAGACAGGGAAACUGUGAUGACUACCACAGAGUCAACAUGAUGACAAUGUCUGUAAAUCCCAAGAGCUUUGUUCAUGAGCUUUCUGCUAAAGUGUAUUUAGACCUUGAAACAACAUUGAAUAAUGGAUACUGGAAGAAAAUGGCACUUCUCUGCAGAAAUGGUCUUGGCAGAUGUGUUUUUAGUACUCCUCAAUUAUUGGAGAUAGAGAAAAGCAGUUCCCCUGGAAGAAAACUCCUUGAUCACUUCAAGCAACACAAUAUGGAGGUUCAGGUUUUGCAAAAGCUCUUGAGGAGACUGCAGUUAUAUAAUAUCCUUGAGAAUAUUGUAACUAAUGUUCCAGUGUCGAUUCUGAAGCCUACUGAAGACAUCCAAGAGAGCUUUGAGAUUGGCGAGACAGUGCACUUGAUGAUAGAAGCUGAAGGGUCCCCAGAGCCAACCUUUGAAUGGACACACAAUGGCCAACCAUGUCCUGGUGCAGUAUCCAGAACUUUUGAAAUAUAUAAUUUCAGCCCAGAGACUGAGGGGGAAUAUGUGUGCCAUUUGACUCAGAACAUUGGAGAGGACACAAUUCACAUUUCUUCACCUAAGUUUCAUUUGUUGAUGAAGAAAGCUGUACCAAAGAUAGAAGUUGACUUGGAAGAUACAUUUUUAGAGUAUGGAGAGGAAAUGAUGUUAUCAUGUAAGGCAGUUGGGUGGCCGAAACCAAGUUUUAAGUGGUAUAAAGACUGUCAUCUAUUAAAAGGUUAUACGGAAUCAACAUUGAAGAUAACAAAUGUGGAUCUUUUAGUGUCUGGUUCAUACUACUGUGAAAUUAGCAAUGAAGUUGGACAGAAGUUUUCCCGAGUUGUGACAGUAAAAGUUGCUCCUCCUUGCUUUGCCCCAGAGAAACCGAAGAUCAUCAGGCAGCCCCGAAAGAAAAGUUCUUAUGGUUUAGACGAUCGUGUUGACCUCUCCUUUGAAGUCACUUGUCGAUAUAAUGUUGAUUUUCAGUGUUUUGUGAAUCAGAAUAUUGUUGCAGAUGAUCACUUGACAACUUCAAAAAAAGGUGACUAUUACUGCUGCAAUCUUCACUACAUUCUUGAUAGAGAGGAAUGGGAACGGGAAGACAGAACACCUUUCCAGUUUUGCUUUCUAGCCAAGUCUCCUGGAGGUGUUGUGAUGUCCAGUGUGGUGGAGAUCCAAGUGGAAAUCAACUUUGAACCAAAGAUUUUCACUGCUCGAAACAAGUUUGCACUUCUAAUUUGCAACUCAGAAUACCCAGGAAAUGAACUCAGAACUCCACAACUGGAUGCAGAGAUGCUAGCAAGAGAACUUGCAAUGCUACAAUUCCGUUGUUUUAUAUACAGCAAUGUCACUCGUUCUGAAUUCCGGAGUGCUGCCAGACUGUUCUCUGAAUACAUACAGAAAGGAGAUUAUGCUGUGUUUUAUUUUGCUGGUCAUGGUUUCCACAACAAAGGGAUUGACUAUAUGAUGCCAAUAGAUACAUCAUCAAAAUAUGUUUACCAAAAUGGAAAUCUGAGGUUGCCUCCUGAGAAAAUUCCAAAUAUGGAAGACUGUGUGAAAAGCACCUGGAUAGCCAAUGUCAUCCAGGAGUCAAAACCUGCUCUACUCUUCUCCAUCUACGAUGCUUGCCGAAAUCUGCUGGGUCACUGGAGUAAUGAGUCAGAAGUGACAGACACCUUUAAAAUUGCAGAAGGAAAUUCAUAUACUUUGUAUUCAACAUCAGAGAACUAUGGAACAAAUGAGGGUUUGACAGCUUCUCUGCUAAUGGAGAAGUUUGUGAAGCUUGUGAGAAACAAGGUACCUGUUUCUGAGCUUGUACAACAAUUUAGAGAAGGUAGGAUGUACUGCAUUUUUGAAAAUUUAAUUUGUCUGCAUAGUAUUAAGUACUUUAAGGGAAAUAAGCCCCCAAAGGCAGAAGGAACCUCACCCAAAAGAAAUUUUUUGACAGACCCACCAAAGCCUCACGAAAUGAUAUUUUUUUUUUUUUUUUUUUUUUUUUUUUUUUUUUUUUUUUUUACAGAGGAUGGAGUACUUUAUGAAUGGGAAGCUUUGGCAAGUGUUGGUGGUGUCCAUCAGAAAGAGAUGCUCUUGGGAGAUCAAAAAAUUGAAGCGAGUGUGAAAUGCAAGCACAUGGACAUCAUUAAAGACAAGGAGAAGAGUAUGAGUGAGACAACGUGGAUUAUUACCAACUACAUUAAUAUAUCCAUCGAGUUCACUCAAGAAAGCAAGCCAAUUCAUGUGUGUAACAUUUGGAAGAAGGGUCUGACGGUUGACCUGCAUUUCAACAAUGGUGAUAAAAAAUCUACAGACCUGAAAGGGAAGGCCAUUGAUUACCAAAUCCUUGAUCUUCAAAAAUUGAAGGAACCAUUAAAGCUAGAGCUCACACUGAGAUAUCCUCCAGAAGGUUUAGUUAGUGUUCAAGAGUUUGAUCUUGGCUGGCCAUCUGUCUCUAAGCAAAAUGAACACUGGAAUUGUCUGGACUGAUACCAUAUAGUAUGAAGUCAUUAGCCUUGUGUAAAAUGCAUUCAUAAAUAGAUGUAUCAACAGUGGUUUAUCUAUAAAAAAAAUAUGUAUUUUUUCUGAGGUUAUAUAUGUUAUAUACGAUUCAGAACAUGUCACUAGUCAGAAUCACACAUUGUGAUCAUUAUUAAUACAGAUUAGAAACUUGUGAAUGAAAAAAUCUAGACACCUAACUUCUCUGUGUCUGGUUAGAAUGUACCUAGCAUUGUAUCAGUAUAAAUAAAGAUCAUUAAAAAAU